UUGGGCGGGUUUUGUUGUGAAAACCUGGCAACCCUGAGCGGAGCUGCGCGAGCUUACAGUGAUUCUGCCACAGACUGUAUUCUGCGCGAGCGUCUUCACUUUCUGCCGCCGCUCAACCAAAAUAUCACAUUUAUUUCCAGAGAAAUCACGGCGAAACCCGAUCGGACUUCACAAUCAGCUUCGGAAUAACAUUUCAAAGCGUUUCCCAGCCUUUCUUCCCGAUUUCUGGACUCCGAGACAUGGAUAUAAGGAAAAGUUUGGCUGUUUUUGGUUUCUGUGAGGGAGUUCGAUAAGGGCGAUGAGUCCCGUGAAGAGAUUUCACACAUCUGACUGGAAAAACACUCAUUAACUGCUCUCAUUUACCCAAUUAACCAAGUAUUAAACUAAGCCAGGGGAGAUAUGACUAUAGAAGCGGAUCUCUGUCCCUCACACACACACAGGUGUGAUGUUGAGCUGUGACGCAGUGUGUGCGGCGAGAAGAGCAGAAUCAUUGAUGGCUGGAUGUAGCUGCUUCUCUUUCCAAAUUCUCAUCCCUCUUAUCUCCUGCGCAGGGGUCCGAUGGUGUGUUAAAGGCGCCAUGGGGAGCUGCUGUAGCUGUCCCGAUAAAGAGAUCAUCCCUGACAACCAUCACAGCAAAUUCAAGGUGAUAAACGUGGAUGAUGACGGUAAUGAGCUGGGCGCGGGUGUGAUGGAGUUAACGGAGGAAGAGCUGAUUCUGCACACGCGCAGACGAGACGCCGUGAAGUGGCCCUACCUCUGCCUGCGUCGCUAUGGCUACGACUCCAACCUCUUCUCCUUCGAGAGCGGCCGGCGCUGCCAAACCGGACAAGGGAUAUUUGCGUUCAAGUGUGCGCGGGCCGAGGAGAUCUUUAACAUGCUGCAGGACAUCAUGCACAACAACAGCAUCAGUGUGGUGGAGGAGCCGGUGCUGGAGCCCGAGCUUCCAGUGACGCCUCACACUCCCACCACUCCCGGUUACUCCGUCCCAACGGUAGCCAAUGGGAUCGGCCGUUUCCCGUCAUUCGGCGACGCCUCCUCGCGGCCGUCCAGCCGCCACCCUUCACUGGGCGCGCCGUCCAGCCGCCACCCUUCACUGGGCAGCACUAGGUUACCGUCAGUAGGGGAGGAGUCCACACACCCACUGCUGCUCAACGAUGAAACGGUGCACACUUACGUCAACACAACGGGUCUACAAGAGGAGCGGCGCUCCCGCGGCGGAGGCCACGCCCCUCUAGAACUCCGGACGUCCAAUCCAGAGAGCGCAGCCGCAGCGCCGCCCAAUGAGCAGGAGCCACACGUGGUUUUGGAGCCGGAGGGCGUUAAGUUUGUUUUAGGUCCUACGCCUGUCCAGAGACAGAUGCUGCUCAAGGAGACAGAAGAGCUGGGCGAGCAGGGCUCCAGCACUGAUGCCGCUUCUCCCACAAAGACUGUAAACGGCAACAUGGACUGCGACACCGGCUACGACAGCGACGAGCGCAAGGAGUUACCGCAUGAGACUCAUAACGGAGUGCCGCCGGUCACCGGAUCCGGUGCGAGACGCAACAGACCUCCCGUUCCGCUCCCAGACGCCCACAACGCUAAUAACUCAGCCCAGCGGCGGACCGCGCUGCUCAACUACGAGAACCUGCCAGCGCUGCCGCCCGUUUGGGAGACCCGCAAACCCAGCAGCCACGAGGAGGAACUCAAAUCGCCAUCUCUCAAUGGCUUCCACUCCCUCGAUCACAACUACGUGAACACGGAGAGCGUCAAACUCCACAGCUCCAGCACUCAGCACACCGUAUUCAACUUCGACCUCCGCAGGCUCGGCGUGGGCGACCCGCUCCGCCAGCUCAACUACAUCGAGGUGGAGAUGGACAAAGUGUCGGACUCCAGCGGGCCGCACACCCCGAAAACCCCCAGCACGCCCCUGCCGCCCACCCCUACGCGCCGGACAGAGCUGUACGCCAUCAUUGACAUCGAGCGCACCGCCGCCAUGUCCAGCCUGCAGAAAGCACAGCCGCGGGACGACGGCACAUCCAGGAAAACACGACACAACAGUACCGACCUGCCCAUGUGACCCGAGCAGCCAGAAUGCACAAGUUUCUCUCACCAUAAACAGUCACAUUUCACUACUGGAUAUUGAGAAAUAAAUCAUUAUAUUCCAAAUUAAGCCGUUUUUAUACAUGCAAACUUGUUAUAAUACAGUUUUUUUAUGUUUCUGAAAGAAGUCUCACCAAAGCUGCAUUUAUUUGACCAAAAAUACAGUAAAAACUGUAAUAAUGUG